AGGAGAUGCUAGAACAAGUUGAAGAACUAGAGCACGGGACGGCCGCAUCGGAUCGGGUUCUAGACCUAGAGCACCGGGUCGAAACCUUGGAGGGAGAUGCAAACGUUGGGGGGACAGUACCCAAACCUAAGACAGUAUCAGCAGCAUAUCACAAGGUGUACACUAAGAUCUUAGGACUUCAAAAACACAUCACCGCUUUCAAGCACGGUGGGGGGGCACUACAGCUGUUGAAUGAAAACAAGUUGCUCACGGAACAAUGUGAGACCUUAAGGAGGCAAAGUUGCGACCUCCAGAGCCAUGUAUCACACAUGCCGAACCAGAUCCAGGACAUGAGCUCACUAAUGAAAGAUAUCGUUCAAUUACCGGUGGUAGCUUUGUCUGAUGUUACUAUCCCUCAGAGUUUGACGUCCAUGGUAGGUGGUGCGGGUCCGUGUGCACGUACCGAUGAAGGAGGGAACGUUGUUGAAAGUUCAUCGGAGUCUUUGUCUGAAUCAUCGUAGAAGUAACAGAUACGAGACGCCAACAUACCCCAUACUCGUGACACAUUGAAAUAUUACAAUUACCGG